UAAUUUGUCAUCUAGUGUGUAUAUAAAUUGUUGUUAUGGGCUUGUUGACCUGUACCAACGAUUUUUAUAACUAAAGCCAUUGUUCUGUCUGUGCUUGAACUCUGUCCUCAGAACAGAAUGAGCGGUGUCAUAGCGGGGCGUUUUGAUUGAUGCGGUUUAUCAUCCAAUGGAAGACGAGAUAAACGUUUAGGCAGCUAACUAGGAAGUUUGCUAGCUAGCAACUUAGCAAAUAAGAUGGAUACGGUAAUGCUGGAACCGUCAUUAUACACCGUGAAAGCAGUCCUCAUUCUGGAUAAUGAUGGAGAACGACUCUAUGCUAAAUAUUAUGAUGACACCUACCCUUCAGUAAAGGAACAGAAAGCUUUUGAGAAGAACAUAUUCAGCAAGACACACCGGACUGACAGUGAGAUCGCUUUGCUAGAGGGCCUCACAGUUGUCUACAAGAGCAACAUUGAUCUCUUCUUCUAUGUCGUUGGAAGCUCGCAUGAAAAUGAGUUGAUGCUAAUGGCUGUUCUAAACUGUCUGUUUGACUCACUGAGCCAAAUGUUGAGAAAGAAUGUUGAGAGGAGAGCUCUACUUGAGAAUAUGGAAGGUCUCUUUCUCGCUGUGGAUGAAAUUGUGGAUGGGGGAGUGAUUCUGGAAAGUGAUCCUCAGCAAGUGGUCUACCGCGUGGCACUAAGGGGGGAAGAUGUGCCUUACUCAGAGCAGACUGUCACCCAGAAGGCCAGUUUUCUUCUACAGGUGCUACAGUCUGCCAAGGAACAGAUCAAAUGGUCUCUGCUACGAUAGGACCUGUCAACUCCCCUCAUCUAAUACUGUACCACCAUUACACAUGCCUCCUCUCUCUGAUGUCAUCUCUUCCCCUCUACUCACUCCACACCAUUCCUCCAAUCAGGAUUCAGGAGAGGCUGAUCACUCAUCCAAUCAGACUCCCAGGGCCAGGGAUAUCUUUGAGUAUUGUCUGUCUGAAUUUAUUAUUUCUAUCAUGUGUCGUUACUGUAAAAGGGUAUUCUUGUAUCUGGCUAUGUAGCUAGCUGUGAGAGGGAUAUUGGAUGGUAGUGUGCCAAUACAUUCUUGCUGCCUGGUUUGCAUUUUCUUACCAUUUAAGUUGACAGCUUUAUGUCCCUCAUCUCUGAUAACAUUCCAUGUGUUAACUAUAGUACAGACCAUAGCAAUAGGAAGGAAUUAUUUCUAUGGUACAGACAUAUGGUCAGAACAACCUUGUUGUUAGUCACUUUGUUCCUUCAGAAUACUGGAUAAAUUCAAGCAUUUAAAUCUUUUGAAUAAAAACAUUUAUAGACACUAAA